UAUUAUGUCUGUCUUUUUCUCACAAAUGUGGAAGUGUAUCACUAUCUCUGUUAUCGGCAACAGAUAAUAAUUUUCUUUCAUUGCGUGUGAUGUAAAACAAAAUAAAUUGUGAGAAGAGCCGGGCUAGCCGUGAAACGGAGUACUUUUCUUUGACGUUGCAUGGUUCCGUUUUGUGAUGCAAGUGUAUUUCGUUUAUUUUCGUGUUUUAUAAAAGAAAAAUAACGAUAUAAAUUGGAACAAUUAUUGUUUUAAACAGGUGGACACUGAAAUGUUUUAUUGAGUGUGUCUAAAGAGAGUUUUUCUGAUGUUUUUCUAUGAAAUUGUAUUUUGUAAACGAUAAUUUUCGAAAACGAUCUAAUUUUCCGCGAAAAAUAAAAUCUAUAAAACAAAGGACCGACCUGAAGGAGUUUGUGGAAGCAAACAAUAUUUAUAAUUGAUACGAAGCACACUGGACAAUAAACGCGAUACAUUGCCGCGGCAAUAAACAAAAACAAGACUGAUUUUGAGUAGUGUCACACAUAACUUUCGAUGUAUAGAUAGCAAGAAGCCGGGAUAAGGCAAAAUGUUUAAGUUAUUAGGAGGGUUAAGUGUUUACUUCAAGUACCAGCCAAUUAGGACUGAUAAUGCAGUGUUCAGGCUGCACAAUGUGUUCACGACAGUGCUCUUACUCACAUGUUCCAUGAUCAUAACCGCGACCCAGUAUGUCGGGCAGCCCAUACAGUGCAUCGUCAGUGGCCUGCCUACAAAUGUCGUCAAUACAUUCUGCUGGAUCACGUCCACGUUUACCAUGCCUGAUGCUUUCGCCAGAGAGGUUGGCAAGGAGGUGGCGCACCCUGGUGUAGCGAAUGAGUACGAUAGCACACAAGAGAAGAAGUACUACACGUACUACCAAUGGGUGUGCUUUGUGCUAUUCUUCCAGGCGAUAAUGUGCUACACACCGAAGUUCCUAUGGGACGCGUUCGAGGGUGGUCUGCUAAGGACCAUCGUGAUGGGGCUGAACAUCGGUAUCUGCCACCCUGAGGAGAAGGAGAAGAAGAAGGAUGCCAUCAUUGACUACCUCAUGCGGUAUGAGCGGACGCACAAGCUGUACGCGCUGCGGUACUGGGGCUGCGAGCUCCUGUGUCUGCUGAACAUCGUGCUGCAGCUCUGGAUGAUGGACAGCUUCUUCAACGGAGAGUUCUUUUCGUAUGGUACCAGGGUGCUGGGGUACAGCGAGGUGCCGCAAGAAGAAAGAUAUGAUCCAAUGAUCUACAUAUUCCCUCGCAUCACAAAGUGUACAUUCCACAAGUUCGGUGCAUCAGGCAGUAUUCAAACUCACGACAGUCUGUGCAUCCUACCGCUAAACAUCGUGAAUGAAAAGACGUAUAUCUUCCUGUGGUUCUGGUACAUCAUCCUAGCAGUCGUGCUGAGCCUUCUUGUGAUAUACAGAUUGGUGAUAAUCUUCGUGCCAUCAGUGCGACCCCGCUUAUUACACGCGCGGUCCCGCACGCUGGCGAUGGAGACCGCCGUGCUGGUCUCCCGCCGCACUGACAUCGGGGACUGGUGGCUGCUCUACAUGCUCGCCAGGAACAUGGACCCGCUUAUAUACAGGGAGCUAAUCUCAGAGCUGUCCAAGCGCAUGGGAGAGAAGCCAGGAGCUCGUGCGUGACGGCCGUCGCCCAGCGUCGCCGUACUAGGCGUCUGACACAUGCCUCCCCUCCUCCCACAUUCCCAACCCCACCACUGGACAUCACAGGACCUAACAGGCAAAUUAUCAUCAUAUAAAAACCUUAAAAUAUCUCUAUAUAAGACAUUCCAUAUAUUUUCGUCAUUAUCCGCCUUCAGUACCUUAUUUACGCAAUUUACUCGAAUUUUUCAACGCUCAAAAACUAGGCAGUUUAAGGUUUCUUUUCCAAAGUAGACCGGUCUAAUAGACUAGUAGACCUGGUCUUUUAAACAGAUACUGGCAGUGUUUGGCUUGGGAACACUUUCAAUAGUAAUUUUGACAUUUCUACAGCUAAGUAUAUUUUAUAUUAUGCUGUCUUUGAUUAUUAGUUUUAUUAUGCAGAUAUAAAUAGAAUUCGUGCUAAAAUUAACUUAUCCAGAGGUGAAAAUAAAGUAAGUUUAAAGUUGUCUAUUUGAAAUAAUACUUGACAUUUUGUAAGUUUUAUAACGAUAGAUUGGCGGACAAUGCUAUUUUGACGUUGAAAGUAAAUGCUUGUUUGACUUUGAAUGGAAAUUAAAACAAGAAUACAACAUAAAACUCGAAUCAGCUCGAUUCAAUUUUAUAUAAAAUGGAUUAGUUUUAAUGGCUAAUACUAUUUCAAAUAGAUUUAAAAAUAUUUUUCAGCUGUAGUCGACAUUAGUCAAUUACUUGCCCGAUUUUCGUAAUAAAAAUAGUCAAUGCGUUUCACGACAAUAUAGAAUUUACCUUAUUCAUAAGUUUAUAAGGUUCAAAUUGUCUAUAUUGGCGUGAAAUACAUUACCUACUUAUAGUGUAGAAUACUCUUAGGACAUCGCAAUAGAUGCUAUAAUGUAUAAAUAAGAGAUUUAAAAAAGCUAAUGGCCAUAAAUUAGUUGAUUGUCCAGAUAUCGUCUGGAAAUAUUAACAAUGAGGGUUUUCGUUUGGCGUAUAUUAGAUGGUGCUAGUGGCGUGAGAAUCUAUUCGACCAAUCAGCUGAUCUGACAAGUUGACUGACUAAAGAUCAAAGGUCCAUAGCCCUUAAGCUAUAUCAGCGCCUCUAGUGGCGCGAAAACCUUCAUUAGUUUGUGCGAUUUACUUUAAUGUAUAUUCGUCCGAAAUAUUCUAAAAUCACUACACAUGGAAUCACAAAACAAGAAAUCUCUAUAGAAAAUCUGAUUUUAUCUAGUAUAUUUUAAGCUUACAGAUCUAAUUCAUAUUUUUAUUUUGAUAUGUCUUUAGAUGCCUGUUGAACAACGAAAUAGUACCUAUGUUAUUUAAUAAUUCUAACAAUUAAUCUUUUUUAUAUGAGGCAUUGUUUAUUUCAGUGAUAGAAACAAGUUGAGCUACAAACAAUAAUAGCCUUUAGUGACAUCACUGCCAAUGAAAUCUCUAAAUAGUUCUCUCUUUUUUUCAGAUAUUUUACACUUAUUUAAACUCAGAUCUGAAACUCAUUUUAACUUUUUUCUGUCUCUACUUAGAUCUGAUAGUUGGAGAAAGCAAAAACUGGAUUUUACGACACAUUACUGUUAUUUCAUUAUGCCAAGUUAUUAUUUUCCGUAGAAAAGUAUCAUUUUAAGUAAUGAACCAAUACUUCAGCAAAUGAUUCGGCAGUUUUUAUAUAUACCAUCAUCACAUUUUUCGUAUUACCAAAAUUAAUAGAAUUAUAAUCUGUUAGCUGUAUCGUAAUAAGAUCUGUUACAAAAGUAAAAAUUUUUAAUGCAUAUCAUGUAGUUAUUUUUACUUAGGUUAUCUUUACAAUUAUUUCAAAGUUUGACAAACUCCGACAGUUGUUUUAAGAUUAGUUGAAUUUAAUCUAAAUAAUGAUUGCAUAUAAAAAAAUUCUUUUAUACAUCAAAAUGACCAUCACAAUUUACAGCACAAACCUUUUAUUUUUUAGUGUAGCAACAUUUGUUUAAUAAACAUUUUUUGUACUGGCAACUCUAAAUUUAAAAUCUCGUCAUAUGAGAUUUUAUAAAAACUUUGUAUAGUAUCUAUUAAUGAGAAGCACUGACAUGAUCAUAUGGACUGGAAAUGUAUGGCCUUAACUAAUUAGACUUGUAUGAAAAUGUGUGAACUUGUAUGGACUGUAUGGUUUCCAACAAAAUUGUGUAACUGUCAAAUAUCGGAUAAGUAAGUGUUGUGUGUCUACGGCCUUUGUAUUUGGAUAUUUCCAACUUUUAUACUUGUAUGUAGUCAGUGAUAUUGUAUUAUUUGUGUAUUUAUUAUAUAGUAAUUAGGUUUACAAAUUUCGGUGUGAAAAAAUAUCAUUUAGUUUUUUCGCAAUGGUGUCGCCAUGUGGCGGGGCCAUGCUAAUCGUAACUAGUGUUGUGAUCCUCUGACUGUCGGUGUUCAUUUUUCGUAAAAAAAUAUAAACUCCUCUAUAUUGGAGUUGUUUUUAGCAUUUUAGCUCUUUUGCGCGUUAAAAGUUGACUUUUUAGAUGAAUUGUUAAGUUUUAAUAUGAUAUCAUUUUCUCAUUAACGAAGGCUCUCUUCUUGAAUGUGCCAGGGAGUACAUCAUUGCUCCAUCUCAUCUCAUCAAGUAAACGUGUUGUUAAACUGUUAAUAUUUAAAAACCGACUUAGACAAGAAGUAAAUAAAGUUGAAAUUACUUGAAUUUCACUCAUGAUAACACUUCAAACUUUUUACUAUAUAUACGUAUAAGAGAAUAAGUAAAGCCUUACGAUGCGCUCAAGAAAAUGCCAUAUAUAUGUAAUAUCAGGAUCACAAGAAGUAUAUCUGUAUAUUUAGUAAUUUUAAUAUACAUUACUAUUAUUAUUUUACGUACGAUUUGCGCACACAACGUACGAGUUAUUUUAGUGACGUUCUUAGUUUUUAAUACUGAAAAUUACGCAAAUAUCCACAUUGAGACGCCUUUAACCUAAGGUAUGAGGGAAAAAGUCGUGUGACAAAGAUUGUAGCGUUUUUCAGUAGUGUUUCGAUUACAGACAGUAUGUAAAUAGUGAAUUUAAUAGUUUAAACGUAUGUUCCUAACAGACGAUUAAUUUUAGUUAAAAAAAUUAGGAAAUAGGUUGUGUUCAAGAUAGGGCCGUGACUAGGAUGGUGCUAAUAGAGACCAAGGCGGCAAGAAUUUUGCUAAAAUGUGAAAAGUCUUCUGUGAAAUUCAUGCCUGGGGUAACUGAGCGUCCAAAUUCCUAGCUACGGUACUGUCAAAAAUGAAAAUCAUUGUUUCUCACCAUGGACUAAGGUUGCCAUUCUCAAAAAAUAUUUUCUCCUAAUUUUAAUUUGAUUUUUUUAUACUUUUCAUUGCUAUUUUUUUAAGUGACAACCCUAGUCCAUUUGGCGCCUUUUUAGAUUAUUUUAUGAUGUAACGCGUGUCAUGAAAAAGUGAUAUUGGAAAUACAUCACGAAUGUUCUACAUUUUUAUUGUUUAAGAAAAUUAGAAUAAAAUUAAGAAUGAAGCAUUUAUUAUAUUUAGUUUAAAACCUUUGUGUUAAUAUUUAUAUACUCUGUACGAUAUGUUCUCGAAUUAAGACAUUAUUUUGUAAGUUAAAUUCGUAUACAUCUUUUAGUUUUUUUUUGCAAAUUAUACUUUUUGUCAGAAUGAAUGGAUUUUCUUAUGAAAGAUGGUGUAAAAUCUAUACAGUUGUCAAUGAAAUUGUAUUUUUUGUUAAAAUAUUAAUACGAAUUUGACAUUAUCGCAUUAGUAUUGAUAUUUUAACGUAUACUUCAAAUGAUUCUUCCACGCUUGUCUAUUAGUCCUAUAAAAGAAAGUUGCAUGAAAGUAUAUCGUGAUUAUUUUAUUUAGACGUACGUAAACAGUAAUUGUUUGUAAGUAUAGCUGUUAGAAGACGCGGCGUUUCAUUUUCAGAUGAAUUAUACAAAUAUUAUUCUUUUA